AUGCAUUGUAGAGUUUGUGUCCCAACAGAUGUCAAGGUAAUUAAAGUCAUGCAGAUUUUAAUAGGUAUUAAGGUACAUAAAUCAAAAUCUAAACCUGCAGUAGUGCUUGAAACCUAUGAGAUUAAAAAACUUGUGUACGUCUAUUUGAUGCGUUAUGCAGAAGAGCAGCAGGAUCUGGCACUGCUGUCAAUUAGCACCUUUCAGCGUGCUCUGAAAGAUCCUAAUCAGUUGAUCCGUGCGAGUGCUUUGCGAGUGCUGUCAAGUAUCAGAGUGCCAAUUAUUGUUCCAAUUAUGAUGCUUGCUAUCAAAGAAGCAUCAGCUGAUUUAUCACCUUAUGUUAGAAAAAAUGCUGCCCAUGCAAUUCAGAAGCUUUACAGUCUUGAUCCUGAACAAAAAGAAAUGUUAAUUGAAGUAAUAGAGAAACUUUUGAAAGACAAAAGCACACUGCAUCAUACUGUUGGCUCAUGUUCACCUUGGGAUCCACCAAGACGCCCAGAUCCUUUUCACAUGUACUGCUACCCACUUGUAGCAGGGAGUGUUGUGAUGGCAUUUGAAGAAGUAUGUCCAGACAGAAUAGAUCUGAUUCACAAGAACUACCGAAAGCUGUGUAAUCUGCUAAUUGAUGUAGAAGAAUGGGGACAGGUUGUUAUUAUUCACAUGCUGACUCGGUAUGCACGAACACAGUUUGUGAGCCCUUGGAAAGAGGAUGCUGCUCUGGAAGAAUACAAUGAAAAGAAUUUCUAUGAAUCUGACGAGCAACAGGAUAAAGAUCCAAAAGUGAACAAGCUCUAUUCUAUGGAUCCAGACCACAGAUUACUGAUAAGAAAUACAAAGCCUUUACUACAAAGCCGGAAUGCUGCUGUGGUGAUGGCAGUUGCGCAGCUUUAUUGGCAUGUGGCACCCAACUCUGAAGCUGGUGUAGUCGCUAAGUCAUUAGUGCGUUUACUUCGGAGUAACAGGGAAGUACAGUAUAUCGUUCUCCAGAAUAUAGCAACCAUGUCGAUCCAACGCAAGGGGAUGUUUGAGCCUUACUUGAAGAGUUUCUAUGUUAGAUCAACUGAUCCAACCAUGAUCAAGACAUUAAAGCUUGAAAUUUUAACUAACCUAGCAAAUGAAGCCAAUAUAUCAACUCUUCUCAGAGAAUUUCAGACCUAUGUGAAAAGCCAAGAUAAGCAAUUUGCUGCAGCUGCAAUCCAGGCAAUAGGCAGAUGUGCAACCAACAUCUCAGAAGUGACUGACACAUGCCUAAAUGGCUUGGUGUGUUUGCUAUCCAAUAGGGAUGAAAUAGUAGUAGCAGAAAGCAUAGUAGUCAUUAAGAAGCUGCUGCAAACACAAUCAGCACACCAUGGUGAAAUAAUUAAACGCAUGGCCAGGCUCCUGGACAGUAUUACU